AGGCGCAGUGCGUGGUUUCGCGGUCUCGGCGUCUGGAGCGGUAGCGUAGUUAUCUGCUCUCUAGUCGCUCAACUCUAGCUCUUCGGGCGUUACCUAUGGCGGAGGCAAUGGAUCUGGGCAAAGACCCCAACGGGCCCACCCAUUCCUCGACUCUGUUCGUGAGGGAAGAUGGCAGCUCCAUGUCUUUCUACGUGCGUCCCAGCCCGGCGAAGCGCCGACUCUCGACCCUCAUCCUGCACGGUGGCGGUACCCUGUGCCGGGUGCAGGAGCCCGGGGCCGUUCUGCUGGCCCAGCCCGGAGAGGCGGCGGCCGAGGCCUCGGGCGACUUCAUCUCCACGCAGUACAUUCUAGACUGCGUGGAGCGCAACGAGAGGCUCGACCUGGAGGCCUAUCGGCUGGGCCUGGCCCCGGCGGCCUCACAAGCCAAGUCGGGGGCUCCGGCCGAGGGCGUCGCCACAGCGGAGCCCGAGCGGCAGCUUCACACGGGUCGGAUCGCCUUCACGGACGCGGACGACGUGGCCAUCUUGACCUACGUGAAGGAAAAUGCCCGCUCGAGCAGCUCUGUCACGGGCAACGCCUUGUGGAAAGCGAUGGAGAAAAGCUCGCUCACCCAGCACUCGUGGCAGUCCCUGAAGGACCGCUACUUAAAGCACCUGCGGGGCCAGGAGCAUAAGUACUUGUUGGGGGACGCCCCAGUGAGCCCUUCCUCCCAGAAACUGAAGCGCAAAGCUGAGGAGGACGCGGAGGCCGCUGAUAGCGGGGAACCGCAGAAUAAGAGAACUCCCAACUUGCCUGAAGAAGAAUUUGUAAAGGAGGAGAUCCAGGAGAAUGAAGAAGCAGUUAAAAAGAUGCUUAUAGAAGCCACUCGAGAGUUUGAGGAGGUUGUGGUGGAGGAGAGCCCAGAUUUUGAAAUACACAUAACAAUGUGUGAUGAUGAUCCACCCACACCUGAGGAAGACUCAGAAACCCAGCCUGAUGAGGAGGAAGAAGAAGAAGAAAAAGUUUCUCCGCCAGAGGUGGGAGCUGCCAUUAAGAUCAUCCGGCAGUUAAUGGAAAAGUUUAACUUGGAUCUGUCAACAGUUACACAGGCCUUCCUGAAAAAUAGUGGUGAGCUGGAGGCUACUACCUCCUUUUUAGAGUCUGGUCAGAGGGCUGAUGGGUAUCCCAUUUGGUCCCGACAGGAUGACUUAGAUUUACAAAAAGAUGAUGAGGUUACCCGAGAUGCAUUGGUCAAAAAAUUUGGUGCUCAGAAUGUAGCUCGAAGGAUUGAAUUCCGAAAGAAAUAAUUGGCAAGAAAAUGAGAAACAGAAGAUGGCAGAUGAGGUGGUAAAAACAAUUUGUGACCAUUGAACUUUAGAGAUUAUUAUGUUGGAACCGACACUUGUCUUCUGACCAAUGCUGUCAUUGCUCUGUGAGUCCUAGAUUUUGUAGCUAAGCAGAGUUGUGUAGGAGGAUAAAAAUAAAAGUAAUUGGAUAUAUUUAGAGCUAUCCUUGGCAGUAUCAGUUUGUUUAUGAAGGGAAAAUCUAAAGCAGAAAGAGGUUGGCCCAUGUAGUAGUAAUCCUUUUCUGGCAUGGAACCCCUGUUAUAUUGGUGACAGGUGCUAGUGAUGAAGUCAGUGGAGGAAAAUUAGGAGACAGGUCUUUUCAGGCAACAUGAAUAAAGAGCUUCCUAAUUAUUUGUAGAAGCUUCUCUAGAUUGUGAUAGAUUUCAAAUCAAGAAUCUAGAAAUAUAGAAAGAUUUCAUUACAAGACAUCAAACAUGGACUAUGCCAAACCCUUGCAUUCCCUGUCCCCCCCACCCCCCAAACCCCAAACUCUGAUUUCUAAACUACUCUGAAAACUCCAUAUUCCCUUUGCUAACUUAGUGUUUGGGGACCUUGCUCUUUGGCUCUUCUUUUCUUUGAGUCCCUGUCAGUCAUGUCUCUAGCACAUGUUUCUCUUUCUACUGCCCAGUUUUGUUUAAAAUGCACACAAAACCUUAGUCUCAUAGUCUUACUUGGUUACUAGAAAUGUGUUUUUAUUUAUUGAGGAUAGUUUUGUGCUAAGUCUGUGUUAGAUUUUUGUUGUGUUGCUUUUGUUAUUUAAAAUAAAUAGAACUUUGUAUUUGA